AUGCCUUCUACCCACAUCCACCAGAUCCAAUCCACUCCGAUCACAUACUAUGCAGGCUAUCGCCAGGCUUUACGCGACUCGUUUCGAAAAGGGAUUCCUCGUCCUGUCGAAUACCGCCAAAGGCAACUUGCACAGCUUGCAUACAUGCUACAGGACAACCAUGCGCGCUUUACCGAUGCGUUGUACCAAGAUUUAGGAAAACCCGCGCUCGAGGUGUACUUGGCCGAAAUUGGAGCCGCGUUGAACGGCGCGUUGAAAGCAGCUAGGGAGGUCGCCAACUGGGCCACCCCACAAGACGUCCAGACAGACGACAUGUGGAAACCAUUCGGGCCGAAGAUUUACAAAGCCGCGAAGGGUGUUGUGUUGAUCAUAGGGCCUUCAAACUAUCCGUGCAUUCUUACUCUCCAGCCGCUUACGGGCGCGAUUGCUUCGGGAUGUUGUGCCGUGGUUAAACCUAGUGAACUCACUCCGACAUACGCAAACCUCUUGGCCGAGCUCCUUCCUCAAUAUCUUGAUUCGUCCUGCUACCGCAUAGUCAACGGCUCCAUUCCCGAAACCACUGCUCUUCUGGAGCUCAAAUGGGACCACAUCUUCUACACGGGUUCUGCCGUAGUUGCCAAAGUCAUCGCUACGGCCGCUGCCAAGCACCUCACCCCGUGCUCUCUUGAACUGGGUGGCAAAUGCGCGGCCGUGAUCGAUCCGAACGUUCCGGCCGAUGAUGAAGAUUAUGUCCUGCGCGCUGCGAAGCGCAUCUUAUGGGGAAAAACUCAGCAUGCGGGACAGGUCUGUGUUUCAGCAGAUUAUGUACUUGUAAAGGAGAGUAUGGUGGAUGAAAUCGUGGAGGCCUUUAGGACUGUGUCAAAGCAAUUCUAUCCUGACGGGGCACUUGCAAAGGAUGCGAGCUACUCUUCCAUUCUGAAUCGCGCCCAUUUGGCUCGCCACGAGAAGCUCCUUGCCGAUACCAAAGGCAAAAUCGUCAUUGGCGGCCAAGUAGACGAAACGAGGCUCAAGCUCGAGCCUACGGUUGUCGUUCUUGAAGAUAGGCAAGACGUACUGAUGCAAACCGAAAUAUUCGGCCCUAUUCUACCAAUCGUCCCUGUGCAAGACAUAGACGACGCGAUCGAGUUUAUCAACGAUAUGCCCGAAGCUCUAGCGCUCUACGUCUUCUCCGCAGACCAAGCUGUCAAAUCUCGCUUCAUCAAUGAAACACUCUCCGGAUCGAUCGUGUUCAACGACACGUACCAGCAACUCGGGGUGACGAACCUUCCGUUCGGAUGCGUCGGUGCGAGCGGGUACGGGUACCAAGGCGGGAAGUUCACCUACGACGGCUUUACGCAUCUGAGGAGUUCGAUUGAUGUACCUAAAGAGGCUGAACCGCACAUCUCCAUUCGCUACCCCCCGUACAGUGAGCAAGCAACGAACAUCUUUUUCGGAGCUGUCAAGCAACCUAUUCCGUUCGAACGUAUCCCUCCCAUCACUACAAAUGGGGUGGAGACAAAUGGAAAGAAGGUCGAAACAAGUGGAAACGGUCGUGCGACAGUACUCGCCGCGUGA